AUGAAGGUCGUGGAAGACACAGGAGGAGUGCAAGAGGACUCAGUGGUCGUUGAAGAUGUGGCGGUGGUCUUCUCCCAGGAAGAGUGGGAUUUACUGGAUCCUACUCAGAGGAAACUCUACAGAGACGUGAUGAUGGAAACCUUCAGAAACCUGGCUUCUCUAGAAGAUGGGAGAAGUCAGCAGUAUGAAUGUAAAGAUGGGUGUAAAAUCUAUCAUUCUUCUUCAUCUCUCAUUUUGAAUGCAAAUUUUCACCAACCUUAUAAAUGUCAGAAAUGUGAGAAAGAUUUUAGUGAGGCGUCAUUACUCAUGCAACAUGUACAAGUUCACAGAGGAGAGAAGGCUUAUGAAUGUAAAGAAUGUGGAAAAGUCUUCAGACAAUAUUCACACCUCACUAGUCACAUGCACACUCACAGUGGGGAGAAGCCCUAUGAAUGUAAGGAGUGUGGGAAAGCCUUUAAGCAUUCCUCACUUCACAGUAGACACAUGCGAACUCACAGUGGAGAGAGGCCCUAUGAAUGUAAGGAGUGUGGGAAAGCCUUUAGCCGAGUCUCCAACCUCACAAUACAUAGAAGAAUCCACAGUGGAGAGAGGCCCUAUGAGUGUAAGGAAUGUGGGAAAAGGUUUAAUCAUCCAUCACCCCUCAGUUCACACAGACGAAUCCACAGUGGAGAGAAGCCUUAUGAAUGUAAUGAAUGUGGGAAAAGGUUUACUCAUCCCUCAACCCUCAUUUCACAUAGAAGAAUCCACAGAGGAGAGAAGCCUUAUGAAUGUAAGGAAUGUGGGAAAAGGUUUACUUAUUGCUCAACCCUCGGAAUCCACAGUGGAGAGAAGCCAUAUGAAUGUAAGGAGUGUGGGAAAGCCUUCAGAUAUGCCUCACAAUACAGUACACACAAGCGAUUCCAUAGUGGAGAGAGGCCCUAUGAAUGUCAGGAGUGUGGGAAAGCCUUUAGUCAGGCCUCACACCUCAGUAUACAUAAAAGGAUUCACAGAUAA